GGUUUAGUCUCACAAUCAUAAUAUAUUUAUCUCUGUAUACAGUGACGCUAACAUUUACAAACCGCGAGGAGUACUAAGAAGAGAGUAUCGAACUAUUAUACUGCGACUAUAUAGGGAGAGUGGAACUGCAUUUAACCACGCUCGAGUUCAAAAUUUAUUUAUAAAAAAAUUUAGUGUUAGUGGAACGCGACGCGCAGGAAGAAUGAUGACGAGCCAGCGUUAGGCUGCUUCAAUUAAAACAAGCACUGGCGUCGAAAGUCAAAAGAAGAUGGGGAAAAAAACAUUUUCACCGCGAUCGAUUCGUGCGAACAUGACUAAUAACUUACUCUUACGCUUGCGCACCGCUUGCGAUUUCAGUGAGCAAAUCGCCGCACCUGAAAUCCACGCAGCGCUGUUUCGAUGGCUCUGUUGAGCUCUUACAUUAUAUUUCUGUGGUUUAAAUUUAGUAUAAGUGAUCAGACUCAAACUUUUAGAAUAUGCAGCAAAAUUUCCAGUCUUAAUCAAAAAUCUUAACUUUUAUUAUGUUUUAAAAAACUUGCAUCACUUGGUUUAAUUUCAACUUUAUCCGUAAGAUCGUGGUUUAGAAUGAGGUAUCCUGCGAAGUUAUUGAUGAUUUCACAAUGUAAAAUUACUAACCCUUGUUCAUAAGUGCAUCGUUCCUGAAAAUGUUCAGGAGUCUCACCAGCAUAAUAUAUUUAUCUCUGUAUGCAGUGACACUAACAUUUACAAACCGUGCUCCUCGAAGAUCAACGGGUGAUAUUCUUGACAGAUUACAAGAAGCUGACAUUGUGGAUGACAUAAUUCAAAGAGCUCCUUAUGAGCCAUUAGAGGUUCAUCAUGAAAAUUGGACCGUUGAUUUCGGAAACGAAUUACCCAUACAAGCCUUUGACAUGCAACCGCAGGUCAGGUGGCCCGCUCCAAAUGGAACAAUGUAUACAUUGGUUGUUGUAGGACCAGACGUACCCCACAGAGACAAGCCCGAACAGAGAGAUUGGCUUCACUGGCUUUUGGGGAAUUUACACAAUAACGACACAACGAGUGGUGAAUCACGCGCGGAUUAUAUUGGAAUAGAGAGACCUUUAUAUCAACCUGGAACGCAUCGAAUCGUUUACCUUUUAUACAAGCACCAGGAUAAUCAAGAGGUGUUUUUCUUUGCCUCAGUUAUCAAAGAACGAGAAGAUUUUUUCGAUCGAUCAUUCUUCACAUGUAAUCUUCUGAGUAGAGAGCACAACUUUAAAAACCCACUUGUAAAUUUUGCUUUAGUCACCGUCGGUUAAUAUAGGACGAAAGACCAUGUACAAACGGUCAUUUUUUUCACCAAUUUUCUUCGCUCGACUGCACGAGCUUAUUCACCCAGAAGCUGUAAAUUUCUGCUAUGUCGUGGUUCCGUGAAUUCCUCGGUCAAUCAAAGAUGUGGUGUGAUUUUAGCGGUCAAUGCGUCGCUACUCUGUCGUAAGGGGUAUCCAGUGGCGUGGCUUGCUUUGCGAUCUAUCGAUAUUUCCCCAUUUGAAGUUGUGGUAAAUAAUCGAUUAUUAAGGUGUUCGUUGCAAACAUCCUGUUUAUCGAUACUUUUCCAUAGGUUUAAAUGACCGCGAUCAACCGAUAUAUUGCAAAGCACACCACGCCACUGGACGCAUCUCAAUUUCUACGUGAGCCCUGGAACACAUAAAGUCUUACGGAGAGCAGGGCUCUCGUUGAAAUUGAGAUACGCCCUUAAGCCCGAGGAGUAACGAAUUUUGUGAUAUUAGUUUUUACAAUAAAACUACACUAAUCUGGUGUAAAGGUA